ACAGCGGACAACACCAGCAGGGGACGAGAACACAAGACGCGACGAAACGCGAGCGCUACUCGGGUGACAUUUUCGAACGCAGCCCCGAGGAAGCGGAUCUCCCGGGGAAUUCUCCCGUCUCCAAGUUUGCGAAUUUACAAAUUUAACAAGUGUAGAAGGUGCAAAUAGAAGCGGUCGCUACCGUGAGAACCGACUGUACUGACGACUGCUGCUGCAUGUGUUGUAUACACGCGCGCAGAGAGACACUCGUUACAAAACACACGAGAGCCGCGCGUGCCGCACGUAAAGCGCAAGGGACGUAAAGAUGGAAAUGGUAGAGUCGGCGAUGUAUCCGAAGAAGGUUCACAACAGUUACGAGGACGAGGAGGAACGGAAACAUUUUCAGAGAAUCAUUCACGCGUUUAGAUAUUACAAGCCACAUUCUCUUCAAAGGGUAAAAAAAACAGAAUCUUAUCUUUUUAGUCUGCCAUCUCAUCAUCAGAAACUUUUAUCAAAAUACAGAGAGCAUCUGCAAGAGGUGAAGCGAUGCAUAGAAAAUAAUGAUCAAAUAAUCAAGCUUAUAAUAAAAGAUGCUGGCAAUAUAUUUGAAAAUGUUUGUCCAACCACUGCACAAGUAGACAGUGUAAUAACCCCACGACCUAUAAUGGCAGAUCAGGAAAAGGUACAGGCGACUAUUAAACAAUUGGCUCGAGAUUGGAGCACGGAAGGAAUUGAGGAACGAAAUGCUUGCUAUCAACCAAUUAUAGAUGAAAUAUUAAGUCAAUUUCCACUGGAACACUGUACACCGUCGGACGUGCGUAUUUUAGUACCUGGCGCGGGAUUGGGUCGACUUGCCUUUGAGAUAGCAAAGUGCGGAUACACUUGUCAAGGAAACGAAUUUUCUCUGUUUAUGUUAUUUGCAUCAAAUUUUGUAUUAAAUAAAUGUAGAGAAGUAAAUUUAUAUCAAGUACAUCCGUGGGUACAUCAGUACAUGAACAAUCUGAAAGCUGAUCAUCAAACUCAGGCAGUUUCCUUCCCAGAUGUAAGUCCAAGCGAUCUUCCAGGGACGGCCCAAUUCUCGAUGACCGCGGGUGAUUUUUUAGAGGUUUACACGGAAAGCAAUAUUUGGGACUGCGUCGCGACUUGUUUCUUCAUAGACUGUGCUAAUAAUGUUGUUCAAUUCAUUGAGGCCAUUUAUAAGAUUCUAAAGCCAGGUGGCGUCUGGAUAAAUCUUGGACCCUUGCUUUAUCACUUCAGCGACUUACCAAAUGAGGAAUCGAUCGAACCGAGUUACGAAGUUAUUCGCCAAGUUAUUCUCGGCUUUGGCUUUCAACUAGAGAAUGAGAAGGUGCAAGUGAAAACUCGUUACGCCCAAAAUAUCAAGAGCAUGUUGCAGUGUGAAUACAAUAGUGUAUAUUUUGUUUGUCGAAAACCACCUGCGGACACAAAUCACAAAAAUCAGAGUAACGGUGCGCAAGAACAAGAGAAUUAAAUAAAACCCAGUUUUUGUUGGCGAAAAGGGGAAGACUUUGAAUGAAAAUUGUUAGGUAUAAAGAGCACGCUCGAUUUUUGUUUUUUAAUUAUCGCAAAGCAACCUCGUUGCGACUACGUAUUGACUUAUUUUCGGUUCAUCCACGUGACUUUAAUUCUCACUGACGAUUUUCGUCGUCGGAUUCGUUCGAGAGAGACAUUCAUUUUGUACUAUAUAUAGCAAGUUUUCCGUGAUAUUGUUACGAAAGUUGUAGACAUAAAAAAUUUAUAUAUUCGCUCGA